AGUAUAUCUAAGCCACCAUUUAGGGUACCGAAUAGAUCUUACGUAGCUAUAAAGUGAUGACGAUCUGCUUAUACUUCAAUAAUUCCACAACUAGAUAUGCCUCUAGCGUUAACAACUAUUGCCUCUUGGUGCAGCUUGAAAUCAAUAUCCUUCUUUAAAUACGAGCUUCCAUAUAUACUUCUUUCAACUCCUUAAAGAUAUACCUCCAGUUUCCCUUGCCUCCUAUUGUACUGGAUCCCCGUUGAGUUACCUACCUGACCUAGGUAGUCGACAAGUUAACCUUUCCAGAAAAUGGCAAGCCCCCAAUUUGAAAAGUCUCUAGACAAUGACGAAUGCGACCCAUAUGAUGUUGCGUUAGCAAGGCUGGACUCGAUUCAAUCAGAAUACAUGAAGAAACUACGGGAUGCCAGAGAUACGUUUGACAAUACCCGUAUUUCACUCCAAGGGGAUAUUCGAGAGCGUCAGAGGGAAAUCCAGGUACUUCAACAAGAACUACAGAGGAAGGAGACUGGAUUACAGGAAAAGGAACAGGAGUUAAAAGACGAAGAGAAUAAAUUCCAUGUGCGCUUGAGACAGGAGCAACAAAACCGUAAAAGGAAGCUGGAGCCUUAUCUGAGGAUUUCCCCCGCGCCAACAGAGCAACGCGACACGGAAUCAACUGAUAUAACAAGAGGGCAAACGGAGGUUGGCUCUCCCGGACAGGGAACCAAUCAUGAUGCUGGGCGCCAACUCCAGGAAAUGAUCGUGAUUGAUUCGGAAGAUGACUCAGGCGAUGAAUGGGGUAUGAAGCCACUUGUAACAUCGAGUAUGUCACCAAGUAAGCGUCCAAGGAUAUCUGAAGUCGAGAUGUAAACUCAAGUUCGAGGCAGCGAAACCGGAAACGACAGAGAGUGCGCAUCGAGAACUCUUCGGAUGGCGGUGAAUGUUCGAACACAGCUCAACUAAGAGAAGACCAAAGCGAAGCAGAAGCUACUACUAAUCUAGGCCUGUUGCCUUCGGUAUUGAGGAAACAUGAUCAAAAAAGGAAGAAAAACAAGAGCGUAUUUAAAGGUAUCAUUGAUCCUACCGUGGGCGGAAUCUAUAAAAUCG